AUGUGCGAAUUCAAACUCCGCAUUGAGGAGCCCCAAAAGACUCUCUUCCUCCACUUCCCAUCUCAAUGCUGCCUCGUCCGAGCGAAAUCAACAACUUCAAGUUUCGGUGCCAUUCAGCCUGGUAAACACAUCUUGAACCAUGAGCUUGACUUGAACACCAUGGUUUCAUGUGUUGCUCUCGUCUUGCAAUCCUCUUCUUUACUCUCAUUUGUCUUUCAAUUGACCUCGCUAAUUCAAUUUAUCUCACAGUCAUCAUUCACAAUGGCACCCGUUCGUCGCCGCGCUGCCGCCAAGAAACCUCGCCCCCGCAAGGAGGCCAAGAUGAGAGUCGACGACAGAAUCGAGCGCUGUCCCGGUGGUACCCCAGCAUACCAGCACAGGAAGGAGUUCCUUCUUCUUCGUCCCUCGGUUACCGAGGACGAAGUGAAGAUGGUUCGCGGGGCCGACUAUAAGCCACUGCGCACCUUCAGAAACCUCCCGGCUGGGAAGAAGAAGCCGGUCCGCCUUACUCGGGAAGAGUAUUGCGCGAUUCGGGAUUGGCGAGUCCAGAACGGGGUGGCUCCCUUCAGAAAGCCAAAGUUUGACACCAAGUGGGGUUGGAACCACGAAGACGCGUGGGACGUCUAUUACAUGACCCACACCGAUGAAGAUCCAGCCCACCGUUAG